AUUUUUGAUUGUCGAAUAAGAAAAGAAAAUAAACAGGAAGCCAAAAAGCUAGAGAAAGAGAAAGAGAAAGAGAAAGAGAGAGAAGGAAGCGAAAAUGGAAUUGGAGGCGGUGAAGAGGUACUUGGAGAAAGGACCUGAAAACGCCUCAACAAUUGAUGGCCUACCGCUCAGGUUCUUCGAUGCCUUCUUCGUGGAAGGUUUGCAUGUUGAUCUCAUUGAACCAGGACGUAUUAUCUGCUCCUUAAAAGUGCAUCCUCGUCUGCUGAACUCUGGUAAUUUCUUGCACGGUGGUGCCACCGCCACGCUUGUGGAUUUGGUUGGUUCAGCUGCAAUUUACACGGUUGGUGCUCCAAUGACUGGUGUUUCUGUGGAAAUUAAUGUUUCAUACUUGGAUGCUGCUUAUGCCGAUGAGGAAAUUGAGAUUGAGGCCAAGACUUUACGCGUUGGAAAAGCAGUUGGUGUUGUGAGUGUUGAGUUGAGGAAGAAAAAAACAGGGAAAAUUAUCGCCCAGGGCCGUCAUACAAAGUACCUUCCUGUCGCUAGCAAAUUGUGAAGACAUUUUUUAUUUUGCUAUUUGGAAUGUACUGAAUUUUUUUUUCCAAAUCCUGGUUUGGGAAACAAUAAUGUAUUUUUAUGUAUAAUUUAUGCAAUUUCAGCAAGCAGAAGGCGUCUUACGUCAUUUAUUAUA